UCGUUUUCCAUUCUCACUGCAAACUAAUUUUCCCUUUGCUUUUCCAAGACCAAUCAAAUUCUAAGACAUGCAUGAAUAAUAAAAAAUAAUUAAAUAAAAGUUAAAAUUUUGCAUAACAAGGAGGCAAGAAUUUGGAAACAGCAGUAAACAAUGGGUCUGAUCAACUUUCUUCUGAUUUCAGCCAAAAUUUUGCUGUCUUGUUCUUUUUGGAUAGUUUGUAGACCAUCAGUGACAUUGCUGUGUCCUCUAUAUGCAUCAAUUCGGGCGAUAGAGAGUGAUAAAGCAUCCAGCUACCAAAAGUGUCUUCAAUAUUGGGUUCUAUUUGGAUUAACCACUGUAUUGGAGUUGACUUUUGCAAAGCCUUUGACUGGGUUUUCAUUUUGGCUUUAUGCAAAAGGAUUAGCAUCCCUCUUGCUCGUGAUGCCUCAGUUUAGUGUUGCUUCUCAUGUGUAUAUGCACUUUGUAAAGCCAUGUGUUUCCCCAAAUCCACGCGCGGAAAAGGUCACGGAAAAUAACGAUUGCAUGCCCAUGAAGAUCAGUGAUUAUAUUGAUGCAGCACCGAUACGUGUUGAACAGAAGGAAAAGGACAACCUGCAAAGUUUGGUCAGUUAUGAGGUUGAAUCUUCUCCUACGAGUGAUUGGCCAAUUUAUCCUAAGAAAGUUCAAAUGGACUGGAGCUGCGCGUUAUGUCUUGUGAGCACUUCUAGCGAGAAAUGUCUUAAGCAACACAUCCAAGGUAGGAAGCACAAAUUGAAGGAAGAAGAAGAAGAAAGGAAACACGGAAUGAUGGCAAGUAAAAAAGCCAAAUUUGCUUCAAAGUUAGAGGGAAAUUAUUUAACAGAUUUACUUAAGAGUUUGAACCGGCUAAAAUCUGAAAAGUUUGUGGAACUAAGAGGUUUUAAUUUGCCAAUGAGACGACCAGUUAAGUGCUGCACUUGGAAAAAGCCUGAGUUUGGAUGGAUAAAGCUAAAUACAGAUGGAUCUAUAGACCGAAAAAAUUCUGGUCUUGGUUGUUUGCUUCGCGAUGAUGAAGGUGUUCCUUUAUGUGCUUGCAUCUCUAAGGUUCCGUGUGACGAUAUCUUCUUGGUUGAGUUACUAGCUAUUUGGAGAGGCCUUACACUUGCUGCGAGUAUAGGGAUCAAAAUGAUAUGGGUAGAAUCCGACUCAAUGAGUGCAGUGAAAGCCAUUAACAAAGAGCAGCCAUAUAGUCAGAAGGCUAGUAGCUGUCUAAUACACAUUUGGAAAAUCUUGAAGAAGUUUCAGAAGUACCAAGUUACUCAUUCGUGGCGCGAAACAAACAGAGCAGCUGAUUAUUUAUCAAAGAUGGAUAUAUCAGGAAGUGACAUUGUUAUUUGGCCUAGAGAUUUUUCUAGUUCCCUUUGCAAAUUUAUUGCAGAAGAUGCUCAAGGAAGUUGGUACCUUAGACGGUGAGCCCAUCAAAUGUGGCUGGAGCAAAACCAUAUUUAGGACAAGAUUUGGAAUUACAGCACAGCUGUUAUAUAUAUAUAUCAACUGUUGUUGCUAACAGAAGACUACCACCUGAAAAGUUGCAGGCUUGCGGUAAUUAUAAGGUAUUUUUGAGGCAAGUGCGCAGAUAGCCAUUCUCAGGGAUGCUGUUUAGAGAUUAAUCAGUACUUAUUUUAUUCUGAAAUUUUAACUUCAGGACAAUUCAUGACAUUUUUGUCCCGAAAAAUUGAACUGCAAAAGUGAAAUUCAGAAUGCACUCUAAAGAGCAAACCUUUAGAGUGGCUAACUGGUGUCAUUUCUACGGUAUUUUUUUCUUUCUUUUUGAAACAGUUGUGGUGAUGUCCGGACCAACUUGUACGAACCUCGACUAAUUUACUGAUACUUGCUACCUCCUAUCA